AUGAAGCAUGCAUGCGCGAGACUCAUUACCAAUCCUCAACGGAAGGCCGUAUUAUCUCAUUACAAUAAGUCUAUCAGAUGCUUGGUCGAUCGCAUGAGCGAAACAACUUACUCGCCUGAGCUUGGCCUCGUCAUCUGUCUGCUUUUUGUUUGCAUUGAGUUCCUGCAAGGGAACUACCACACUGGCCUGACCCACUUGAGGAAUGGCUUCAGACUGAUAUCUGCGCGCCGGCGGGGUCUGACAGUGUACCAUAAUCUGUCACCAGGCCUUGGUCCUCCUCAGGUAGUACCGAGCGGCUCAAACUGUACACUAAACUCGAUCGAAGAGACGUUGAUACCCAUCUUCACCCGCGGCAUGGCGCAAGCUUUGUUACAUACACUCGGGAUUCAAGAUGAUCUGGGGGUACCGAACCUGAUGCCAGCGAUGUACUGUCAAAGUCGAUUCAAGAACCUUUCCGAAGCGCAACAGGUCUACUUCGAGCUCCGAAACGCUUCCAUAGUUCAUCUGCAUAACAUGGGACUGAAGUUCCUCUUCCAACAGAAGCCCAGCGUUGAAGCUUACCAAGAACGGGACAAUCUACUGGCGUGUCAUCACAUAUGGUACGAGAGCAUGCGACGCUUUGAACUCGAGAAUAAACUCGCGAAUGAGGAGACUGUUGCCGCGAGCGCUCUCAAAGCUUGGUAUCAUAGCACUUUCGUCUGUGUCUCGUGUUCAGCAACAGUGGUCGAAAAGACAUACGAUUCGUAUCUGGACCACUUCAAGAAGAUAGUACAUUACACGCAAAUAGUCAUCGAUUCAACACCCCCUGCGAACAACAACAUAGCCCACUUUACCUUUGAUAUAGCUAUAAUUCCACCGCUGUAUUUUGUUGCAACACGGUGUCGUUGUCCCACCACUCGACGAGAAGCAAUAGCCCUUCUGGAACGCGAUCCCCCACGCGAAGGUCUUUGGGACGCGCGGCAGCACGUUGUAGUGUCCAAACGAGUGGUCGAAUUGGAAGAAGCCGACGUUGACCCCGGUACCGGCUGGCCGGUCGAGGAGACAAGGCUAUGGAAUUGCGUCGUCAAGGCUGGAAUGGACCAUAACGGUGGGUUCUGGGUGGAGUUCACUCCGGCACGAUGGAUCGGGCUACUAGACGCGAACGGGCAGCGAAAAAUAAUGUACGAGUAUUUCGUCCUAUGA